AUGGGUACACAGGAAGAAUGUUUGGAAUUUAUUUCUUUUCUUAAUCAGAACAACGUCAAUGUAAGACUGACGCACACUAUCUCCCCUUGGGCAGUGGAAUUUCUGGAUCUUCGAAUAGAGGUGAGCAACGGGCAUUUAGAGACCAAUCUAUACCGGAAGAGCACAGCUACCAAUAGUUUGCUGCAUUACUCCUCUUUUCACCCUAGACACACCUUGAGGGGGAUCCCUACCGGACAAUUUCUGCGUGUGAGAAGAAACUGUAGCCGACCCCAAGAUUUCAAAGUACAGGCUUUGGACCUUACUAACAGAUUCAAAAAGAGGGGAUACCCGAAAAGUAUUAUAUCCCAGGCCUACCAAAGGGCUAAUGGCAUUGAGAGAAGAGCACUCCUUGAGGGGACUUCUAAAAGACUGGAGGAUAAUACUCUAAGAUUUGUGGCCACAUAUAACAACCAGUGGCAGGAUAUCAGGAAGAUAUUAGGUGAGAACUGGAACAUUUUGCUAUCAGAUAACCAGGUCAGAAAUGUGAUACCUGAGAGACCAAUGUUGGUCUCAAGAAGAGCGCCAAACUUGAGGGAUUUAUUAACAAGGAGCCACUUUCAGAGACCCACAAGAACUCUAGGCCGGGGUUUCAAACAUCAUGGAUCAUAUCCGUGUGGAGAUUGUACUGCCUGUCAAUUUAUGACACCUAAGCAAGAAUUUACCAAUCCACGAAAUGGAAAAAGCUACCAUCUAAAAAAUUACAUCAACUGUAAAACAUCACAGGUCAUAUAUACCAUCAUUUGCCCUUGUGGUAAACUAUAUGUGGGACAAACAGGACAACAGCUUAGAAAAAGAAUACAGAAGCAUCUAUCCACCAUAGCAUUGGCUCGUCGAGAUAAAGACAGAUUCAAAACCCUGACAACCGUGGCAAACCACUUUUUGGAACAUCAUGGAGGACGCCCAUAUGGCUUACAGGUUAUCGGCUUGGAAAGAAUUAUGACAAAUAUGAGAGGAGGACCCAUUACCCAAAGAUUACUACAAGUAGAAUCCAAAUGGAUUUUCGAAUUGGGAACAGUGUCUCCCUGGGGCAUGAACGAGGACCUACUGUUUACUGGCUUUUUGGGUCGACGAUCAUUCAGGCACUUUCCAGUAGGGAUGACUUAAAGUGAUAUCAAGUUUA